AUGUCGUCGUCGUCGUCUUCUAUGUAUACCAAUGCUGCUGCCGAGGACGGCACUGGCAGUAGUAGUGAUGAUGAUGAAGAGCAACCAGACGAAGAUCCCGCCUUUGCUUGGUGGCACAAGGACGACCAAGGGCGUCAUUCUCUGGUGCAAGAAGGAAUGGACUACGUGCUUCAUCACAUGCAAGCACAGUCCGUACCGUAUCAAGCCAUUUUGGGAUUCUCACAGGGCGGUGUCAUGGCCACUGCGGUAGCCUGUACGGGCAAGAUACCCUCCCUACGAGCCGUGGUCACGGCGGGAUCACCCAUGGUACCAGAAGCAUUCGAGAUGGCCCAACAAUUUAAAAAAGAGGCCAACAAUGCUGAUGACAAUCACGACAGUAUUAUUCCAACAUUGGUGGUGGUCCCCAAGCUCCAUCUCGCGGGAGAAACCGAUGCCAUGAUACCGGUAGAAUCGACAAGACAGCUGUGUGAACAGGGAGGAAAUGGUCAACUCAUUGUCCAUGAUCAAGGACACUUGUUCCCUACAAGGGCUGCAAGAGUACAAGAAGUACUCGACUUUUUAGAACAACAUGUCCUGCAGUGCUAG